GCCUACCGGAAGCCUUGCAUAAACCACCCGAGUUAAGUGCAAACAGAUAAGUGUUCGCAGAAGACAGCAAAUCAUUUUCUUUUACUUAUAAAUAUGAAUAAAAUGAUUGGCGCUUUGCGGAGGACGUUCGGCGUGGUGCGAGAGCAUGUCGGUACGGACCAUCUGGGCAAUAAAUAUUACAUUGUCCCCGAACAGAAGACAUGGACAGGGAGACUCGUCCGUGCCAAGAGGCUGGUGGAGGCCUCGAAUCCCACAGAGCACGAAUAUAUGGAAGGCAGCAUCCCCAUCGAGUGGGAUGCUUGGAUCCGAGGCAGACGGAAGGAGCCUCCCUCUGUGGAGGAGCUGGCAGAGAACGAGGCCUACAGGCAGCAGAUCAAGCUGAAGGCCAUGGAGGUGGAGGAGAAAGACUUGGCCCUGAAAGCGAAGGAAUACGAGCAAGGCUUGGUGGCGACGCCGUCCAGGACUGUGGCCGCGGGCCAUGCGGCCGCCACCAGCUUUGGCAAGCAGGAACUCGGCGAGGAACCCACCAGCACCGCCAACACCUUCCAGCCGGGCUCCUGGCGGCCUAAUCCCAAACAGAAAGCUUAAAGAGACGGCGGCAUGGACUCGGUUCGCUUGGCCGUGUGGCGCAAUCCAAUAGAAAGGCAGGCUGUUUUCUUACAGCUCUUGUCGUGGAUCUCUUUGAUUAUGCUGCUAAUGAAGUGGCAGGUGAGUGUGUUUAAUAUUGGCGUGUCAAGAAAAUAAAGGAACAUUAUUUAUAUUCUGUUUGACGAACUGUGUGUAUAGAUAUCCAAUAUUCGUGUUUUAUCAUGCUGCUAAACCUAACGCAAGCGUUUAACAAUGUCAAGAGGAGUUUAGUUUUAUCUCAGAUUGUCUAGAAAAAAAAACCAUGUAGCCUUACAUUUUAGCUUAUGGGAAGAUAGACGUAACAUGGUAUUGCAUUUAUUUGUUCACACGCUAAUAUGAAAACAAUCUGCCAAUUUAGGAUCUGUUGCGAACCAAAACAGCAGGCACCAAAGUGUGGACUAUUACUACAUGUAAGCGUGUUCCCUGUACAGUAUUAAAGACUUGUAUGUAUAUUUCGGCCAUCAUCAAAAUUAAACAUUAAUUCAGUAAA